AUGCUGCUACUCGACAACGGCACGCCGCGCAUUUCUUGGGAGCUGUCGCCGUCCGGCGCUGCUAACCCUUCGGGAUCCCUUGGCGUGACCCUCCUCGACAUAUUUUCAGACGUCCGCGCCUCGCGCGGCCACGACGCGGACGCCGGCCCCUCGAGCGGCGGGCGCGUGGCCGCGGCCCCAGUGCCGGCCCCGACAGGCCGCGCCGGCGGCGCGCAGCAGCACGCGGCGGAGGGCUCCGCUGAUGCCGGCCCCGCAGCCUCGCCUUUCAGCGCGCCGGCGGCGCAGGCGGGCUCGGACGCCGCGCCGGCGCCGGCACACGUGCCGCCGCCCGCGUCGCCGGCGGCCCCGCAGCCCGUCAUAGAGCUUUCCGAGGCAAAGACCCGCGGCGGCAGCACCGCGUUCGCCGCGUUGACCGCCAUUGACUGCAUCGCGGAGGAGACUGAAGAGGGCUCCUCCCAUGGCGGCGGCCGCAGCGGCAGCAGCCGCUACGGGCGCGGCCCCGGCCCCGCAACCGGGGCCGCGGCGCCGCUCCCGCGACAUGACGCCCGCGGCGCGGCUGGGUCGCCGCUGGAGACGGUUGCGUCCGAGGAUGUGAAGGGUGACGCGUCGCUGAGUCAGCGCCGCGUGCGGUAUCCCCAGUCGGACCGGCGGGAGGGGCCGAUCGCGAGCCGGGACAGGGGGCUGCUGUACGCAGCGCCCGAGGUACUACGGGGCGACAGGAUCACCGAGAAGGCCGACGUCUUCUCAUUCGGCGUGGUGCUAUAUGAGCUGCUUUCCCGCUCCCUCCUCCUCGCUUGGCGCCUGACCCCGCCCCCCCCGCCGGCCGCCAAUGGCGGCGGCUCCUCCCACGCCGCCGACCGCUCCGCCAGCCGCAGCGGCCGCUGGGCCGCCGCGGCCGCCGCGCAGCUGCAGCACCGCGGCGGCGGCGCGGAGGCGGCGGCGAUGCUGGCGUACGCGCGGCGCGUGUCGGACGGGUACCGCGCGCCGCGGCCGCCCUUCUGGCCGCCGCAGAUCCGGGGCCUCGUCGACGCCUGCUGCGCGCAGGAGCCGCAUGAGCGGCCGCGGAUGGAGGAAGUCCUGGAGGCGCUGCGGGAGAUCUGCGGCGACGAGCGGGUGAUCUCGGAUCUCAACUCGUACAUCCACAAAGACGUGGGAUUCGUGCCGCUGUCACUGCACCACCCCUACUGA